AUGGCUGAGCGGGUGCUGGUGAUCGGCAGCGGGGGCAGGGAGCACGCCCUGGCCUGGAAGUUGGCCCAGUCCCCACACGUCAAACACGUGUUUGUGGCUCCAGGAAACGCAGGCACAGCUGACAACGGGAAAAUCUCCAAUUCAGCCUUCCUGGAGCGCCACGGGAUCGCCACGGCGCGCUGGAGAGCCUUCAGCACGCCCCAGGAGGCCUGCAGGUUCAUCACCAGCACAGAUUUCCCUGCCCGGGUGGUGCGGGCGCGGGGGCCAGCGGCCAGGAAAGAAGUGACCAUUGCAGCCAGCAAGGAGGAGGCCUGCAGAGCUGUCCAGGAGAUUAUGCAGGACAGAAUGUUUGGAGAGAUGGUUGUUAUUGAAGAACUGCUUCAAGGGGAAGAACUUUCUGUUCCAGAAGCUCUCCUAGAGCAAAUCAGGAGUGCAAUCCUCCAGCACGUCGUGGCCAGCUUGAGACAAGAAGGAGCAGCCUAUGUAGGUGUGCUGCAAACAGGUUUGAUGCUGACUAAAGAGGGGGUGAAGGUUUUAAACUUUAAAUGCCAGUUUGGGGACCCCCAGUGUCAGGUAAUUCUCCCUCUGCUUAAAAAUGAUUUGUAUGAAGUGAUUCAAGCAACAAUUGAUGGCAGACUCUGCAGCUGCAUGCCAGCCUGGCUGGAGAACAGAACUGCUGUGUGUGUGGUCAUGGCCAGCCCAGGAUACCCAGGAGACUCUGACAAGGGCAUGGAGGUAACAGGGCUUCUGCAAGCCAAGGAGCUGGGGCUGCAGGUGUUCCACGGGGGCACAGCGCUGAAGGAUGGCCGGGUGGUGACAAGUGGUGGCAGAGUCCUGUCCAUCACUGCUGUCAGGCAGGACCUGAUGGAAGCUCUGGGAGAAGCCAACAGAGGCGUGGCCACCAUCCACUUCCAGGGGGCCACCUUCAGGAGGGACAUCGGGCACCGGGGCCUGCGGCUGCUCCGCCAGCCCCUGUACUCCAUGCCGUGUUUGUACCUGGCAGGGGGGUGCUCAGAAGGAGGAGGCUUUGCUGCUUUCUUUGACCUGAGGGCAUCUGGUUAUGAUGAUCCCAUCCUGGUGUCCCAGACCAAGGGCCUUGGCCCCAAACUGCAGGUUGCCCAGGUCUGUAAAAGACACGACACCAUCGGGCAGGACCUGGUGGCUCUGUGUGUCAACGACCUCCUGGCCCAGGGGGCUGAGCCCCUCUUCUUCCUCAGCCAUUUGGCCUGUGCCAAACUCAAUGCUGAGGUGAUGGAGACAAUCAAAGAAGGAAUAGCUGAGGCUUGCAGGAGUGCAGGCUGUGCUUUCCUGGGUGCGGAGGUGACAGAAGUGGCAGCUCCGUGUCCCCCGGGCCACUGUGACCUGGCCGGGUUCGCGGUGGGCGCGGUGGAGCGGGGCCAGAGGCUGCCGGGGCUGCAGAGAGCCGAGGAGGGGGACGUGCUCCUGGGGCUGGGCUCUGCCGCCAUCCACGGCCGCGCCUUCGGCGUGGUGCGGAGCAUCCUGCUGACAUCCUCCCUGCACUGCUCCUCACCUGCCCCGGGCAGCUGCGGGGACACCACGCUGGGAGAUGUUCUGCUGACCCCAGGGAAGAUGUUCAGCCCAGCUCUGCUGCCCGUCCUUCGCUCGGGGCACGUGAAGGGCUUUGCCCCCAUGGCCGAGGGGCUCCUGGGGGGCAUCUCCAGACUCCUGCCCGAGCACCUCAGCGCUGUCCUGGAUGCUCUCAGCUGGAAGAUCCCUGAAAUCUUUGGCUGGCUCUACAAGGAGGGGAACCUCUCUGCAGAGGAGAUGGCUCAGACCUUUCCCUGUGGGAUCGGGGCUGUCUUGGUCGUGCAGAAGGAGCUGGCUCAGCACGUUCUCCAGGACAUCCAGAGGCAGCAGGAGGCCUGGCUGAUUGGGAAGGUGGUUUCCCCUUGUCACACAGCAGGUUCUCACAUUGAAGUGGAGAAUCUUGCAGAGGCCCUGCAGCUGAGCAGCCCCCAGCAGCUGCUGGACGCCAGCACUGCCAAGAUCCAGCCCCAGCCCGGGAAGAGAAAGGUGAAGGUGGCUGUUCUUGUCUCUGGAGCAGGCACGGCCCUGCCGGCGCUCAUCGGCUCCGCCCGGGAGCCGGGCAGCUGUGCCCAGCUGGUGCUGGUCAUCUCCAACAGACCCGGCGUGCAGGAGCUGCGGAGCGCCGCCCGCGCCGGGAUCCCCACCAGGGUGAUUGAUCACAAAUUGUACGGGAGUCGCUCGGAAUUCGACAGCACCAUUGACCGAGUCCUGGAGGAAUUCUCUGUGGAGCUCAUCUGUCUGUCAGGGUUCAUGAGAGUUCUGUCCAGCCCUUUUCUCCGAAAAUGGAAAGGGAAAAUUUUGAAUGCUUCUCCAUCACUUUUUCCACUCAUCAAGGAUGGAAAUGCCCAGCAAGAGCCCCUGGAAAGUGGAUUCAAAGUCACAGGCUGCACUGUGCAUUUCGUCCUGGAGGAGCCGGGCGCCGGCGCCGCGAUCCGCCGGGAGCCGCUGCCCCGGCCGGGGCGCCCGGGGGCAGCGCUGGGCGAGCGGCUGCAGGAGGCCGAGCUCAGGGCGUUCCCCCUGGCCCUGCAGCUGGUGGCCAGCGGGGCUGCCUGGCUGGGAGCCCACGGAAGGACGUGCUGGAGGAGGCGGGGGAGCCGCGGGAUGAGCCCGGAGCGGGGGCACGGAGCGGCCUCGCCCGAGGAGCCGCCGGAACGCGAGGGGAUCUGGGCGGGUCCCUGA